CCUUGCAGACGCCGCCGCCCCGGAUCUCUCAGUGCUGCUCAGCCAUGGUUAACCCCACCGUCUUCUUCGACAUCGCCGUCGAUGGCGAGCCCUUGGGCCGCGUCUCCUUCGAGGUAAGGGACCUGGAAACCAAGAAGUGACUGCUCAUCCAAUCCAUAAAGCUAUGUUAACAGAUUGGAGGUAGUAGCAUUUUCAUUACCAGUGACUAAAUUCCCUGAUCAUGCAAGAGUACUUGCUGUUCCCGAAAAUCUUGUACUUAGGUUCAAACUGAAGUUGGGGGAGGUGAUGUACAUUUGAGAAGCUGUAUAUCUGUUUAGAAGUAGGUGUGAUACAAAUAAAAGUUCUAGUCACUUUUUAGAAGCCUCACACUAUUUGAGUCAUUGCUGGUUGUGAAUUUUUGGCAUGUCUCUGGGUCUUAUGUUGCGUAACCCAACCCCACAGGACCUUAAGGCUGUCAGGGAUAGCUCUUAUUUGGGAUUCAAAGUAAUUACUGAAGCAGCAUUCUCUUCUAGUGAGAAAAUGAAUUUGAUUCAGAAGCCCCUAAAGACAAGGAUACUAAACAAAAUGUGUAAGCAGAUGUUGUUAAUUAACUGUCAUUUUCUCUUACAGCUGUUUGCAGACAAAGUUCCAAAGACAGCAGGUUAGUGGGGGUCUUUAUGGUCUUUUUAAUGUUUGACAAAGGUAUUCCUGUUUUAAUUGCUGUGUGUCUAUACACAUAUGCUCUUUUAACAGAAAACUUCCGUGCUCUGAGCACUGGGGAGAAAGGAUUUGGUUAUAAAGGUUCCUGCUUUCACAGAAUAAUUCCAGGAUUUAUGUGCCAGGGUGGUGACUUCACACGCCAUAAUGGCACUGGUGGCAAGUCCAUCUAUGGAGAGAAAUUUGAUGAUGAGAAUUUUAUCCUGAAGCAUACGGGUCCUGGCAUCUUGUCCAUGGCAAAUGCUGGCCCCAACACAAACGGUUCCCAGUUUUUCAUUUGCACUGCCAAGACUGAGUGGUUGGAUGGCAAACAUGUGGUCUUUGGCAAAGUGAAAGAGGGCAUGAAUAUUGUGGAAGCCAUGGAGCGCUUUGGGUCCAGGAAUGGCAAGACCAGCAAGAAGAUCACCAUUGCUGACUGUGGACAAAUCUAAUAAAUUUGACUUGUUUUAUCUUAACCAUCAGACCAUUCCUUCUGUAGCUCAGGAGAGCACCCCUUUACCCCCACCUGCUUGAAAUAGCCCAUAAUCUCUGUGCUCUCACUGCAGUUCCUUGGGUUCCAUUUCCUCAUCCCCCUCCAAGUUUAGCUGGAUUGCAAAGUUAAGUUUAUGAUUAUGAAAUAAAAACUAAACAACAACUG